UUCUCUCAUUCGAUUUCCUACUAAUUCCCAUGUGCUUUGAAUACUAUUGUCAGCAUGCAUGAAUGGCACGGUAGGGCUCAUCAUCAUCAUCAUCAUCAUCGGACUGGCGCAUUCACGGAUAGUCUUUCGGCCUUCUUUCCCUAUAUCCACUCGAUCAUUCAUGUGUCUCCUCCUUGUCUACGCGUCAUCCUGCCUUUUGUGUCCAUUGAUCGGUGUCUGUGAUCGGGACCGACAGUUUCUCCUGUCAGUCAUCAAAAGGGCACGGCGGAGUCACGGUCCAUUCCGGGAGUUAGCAAUACAAUACCCCUGGUGCAGUAACUAGGAGGCUCUUGUUUUAGAUGCUCAAUCCCAAUUAAACC